GAUGCGUACCCCAUCGUGUUGGGGGCUCCAUCCCCAGGAGGCUGGUGACUUGCAGGAGUCCUUGCCCAGGAGCCGGUGGGGUCCGUCGCUCUGUAGGUCAAUGGGGCAGGUGUUGAUAGGGUCAGUCCUGCCGGGGUUGCUGGGGGUUCAUUCCUCUGGGGGUCAGUGGGCCAUAUCCCCUGAUCCGGGGGUGCUUGUAGGGUCUCUGAGCAGCCCUCCCUCUGCUAAUCCCGGUGUGCCUGCCUGGGGGCGAGGGGCGGCUCAGUCGCCGGCUGUGACACUCCGUCCUGUCUCCCGGCGUGGAUUAGGUCAUGUUGUGACAGUGCCUGUUACUGUCUUGCAGUGCAGCAGGACCCGGGGAUGUGAGGAACAGGGUUGCCGGUGCAGAAAAAACAGCAACCACCCCCCACUUCCAUGGAAAGAGCGCUGUGAAGCCUUGGCAGAGGAAUCGUCCCAGAGCUGCCUGUGCUCCCUCAUCCCUGGGGGCUGCGGGAGUUUGCGGGGGAUUGACACGCGAUGCUGGUGGGCUGGUGGGUUCGAGCACUGUCCCCGCAUCAGCCCCGUGUUUUCAGCGGAGACAUCAGGGCUUGGGCUUCUUUUUAGAGCCGGAGUGGCUGUCAGCAGGUGUUACCAGGGCUCAGCCGCCUCCGUGUGGGUUCCUCUGCCUUCGUUUUGAGGCAAACUGCGAUGCCCCGUUCACCCUCUGCAACUCUCACUUUCGUGUGCAGGAUGCAUGUCCUUGCAAAUACCACGCUAAUCCCUUGGGGUGACUCACAAACGUUUGUAGAGUGCCUUCUCCCUCUCUUGCAUGGGUCUUUGCACUCGAUGAAUUAUCUGGGUAGCCAAAGCUCAUGGCACAUGGAAGAACAGCCUGCAA